AUGCGUUUAAAGGGGAAAAAUGACACCAAGUCAUUUCACAGCGUCUAUAAGAUGCUUUCUCGUAUAUGCAGAGCCGUGGACAAGGGUCAGUUGGACGGCUUAAUGUCAGAUGGACGAGUACAACCCUUAAAAGCUCAUAACUCCCAGACAAUGGGUUUCUCAUCACAAACAAUGCGCCAGCAGCAGCAGACAGACGCUAAUUCGGGUAAAGUAUAUCCAGUAAAUAGUUACGAGUCAUGUGUAGAGCUUCAACAAGCUAAUGAAGUGCCUGGUAAAGUAUUCACGGCGGGUCAGUACGCGGCGAAGGUGCUCAGAAAUUUAAACGACCAGCGACUGAAGAACCAGUUCAGCGACGUGGGCCUGGUCGCUGGAGACAGCAUCAUCAGGGCGCACAGAUCAGUAUUGGCUGCUGGCAGCGCCUACUUCAAUGCGAUGUUCACCGGGGGCCUGGUGGAGGAGCAGCAAGAACUGGUGGAGAUCCACGCGAUCUCUCCGAGCAUUCUUGCGCUUCUCGUCGACUUUAUCUACACGGGUAACGUCGAUAUCACCCAAGACAAUGUCCAGGAGCUCUUCGCAGCUGCUGAUAUGUUCGAGCUGGAUGAGGUCGUCGCGGGAUGCAUCUCUUAUCUCCAGCAACAGCUACAUUAUUCUAAUGCCCUUGGAAUUUAUCGAUUUGCUGAAGCUCACAAUCGAAUAGAUCUCAUGGAGACUGCCUUACGAUUCAUCGAAGUCAAUUUUCCUCAGGUCUCCCAGGAAGAAGAGUUUCUUGAUUUAUCAAAAGAAUAUCUUGUUCAUUUUCUUAGUAGUGAAUAUAUUCAUGUUGAUACUGAAUUUCAGGUCUUCCAAGCAGCGUACAACUGGAUAACCCACGACAUAACGUCUCGCCGUUGCUACGUGUUCGAAAUCCUGGGGCACAUAAGACUGCGGCUGUGCUCAUUAACGCGGUUGGAGUCGGUAAUAAUAGAUUGCAAGGACGCGAGCUUGAUAGUAGCUCUGCGGUCGAUCCAGAAGGACCUGGUGUCUAACAAAGGAUGCCUGGUGCCACUGCGAGCGCAGCCUCGACUGUGCGCGAAGAAGAACAUCCUGGUGAUAGGAGGCUCUAAAAGAGAGCACACCUCGGACAGUUGGGCUCGGGACGCGGAGAGCACUUACGAGACGAUAGAAAAAUACGACACCUUCACGGGGCAGUGGAGCGAAGUCGCGCCUUGUGGAAUCGGGAGGAUCCUUCCUGGAGUUGCACUUUUAGAUGGGAAGGUCUACGUGGUAGGAGGCGAGCUGGAGUCUUGCAUAAUUGCCAAUGGCGAGUGUUACGACCCCAGGGACAAUGUUUGGAGCUCGAUUGCCUGCAUGAUUGAGGCCAGGUGCGAGUUUGGGCUCUGCGAGCUUGAUAACAGCCUGUACGCUGUUGGUGGGUGGGUCGGCGAAGACAUCGGUGGCACUAUUGAGACUUAUGAUCCCAUUAGCAAUACUUGGUCUCUACACGGCGAACUUCCUGAGCCACGUUUUAGUAUGGGAGUUGUCGCAUAUGAAGGCUUGAUUUAUAUUGUCGGGGGCUGCACGCACGAAAGCCGCCACCGUCAAGAUGUUAUGAGUUAUAAUCCCGUUACCAGAGAAUGGAAUUAUCUUGCACCCAUGCUAACACCUCGCUCGCAAAUGGGAAUUACUAUUUUAGAUGGGUAUAUAUAUGUCGUUGGUGGCAUGAAUAAGAAUCAAGAGGUACUCACGUCUGUUGAACGUUACUCAUUUGAAAAGGUAAUUGUUUUUUUUUUAUUAAUUUAA